AUGCCGCUAAGCCUGGAGCGACGGGCCCCGCCCUUCCCCCGGCCCCCCUCCCCCUCCCCUGCACCCCCCCAACCGCGCCUCCAGGGCUUCUGGACCCCGCGGCCGCGCUGUCUCCGCCCUCCAGCUCCCGGGGGUGCCGGCGCGGCCAGUCUCUCCGCUGCAGAGUCCGGCGGGGCCGCAGCCCGUGCAUCCUGCUCCCGGCGGCUCCGCCGCAGUCUCAGUUCCGGACCUGCAGGACAGAAAAGGGAAACCCGAGUCGGUGCCCUUUGUCCUGGGAGCAGCGGCUUCGUGGGGAGCUGGUGGAGCGGGGGCGCACGCAGGACAGCACGGGCCAGGCCGGGACGGGGCGUCUGCGCCGAGAAACGUCUCCCCGGGAGCCCCAGGGUCGCCCGCGGGCCUUCCACUGACGGGAGGAGGCCACUGGCGGGCCGGGGUCGCCCUCGGAGACGGACUGACGGAGACACGAGCGCAGCUGCCGCUGCCGCCCAGACCGAGUCCACUAGUGGGGCCGGAGCCCCGAGCAAAUCCCGCCCGGGCAGAAGCCUCUCGCAGGGGAGCGGCUCCCUUUGGCAGAAGCUGCACAGCCGUGGGGCGGCGAGUCUGAGAACCCGCGGGACCAGGUCAUGCUGGAUAACGGCUAAUGAACAGCGCCCGAUGUUGACGAAGCUCAGGGUGACCAGGAGUUCGGAUGCUGCUCCUCUAACAGAAGUGGACCUGACUGUCGGGAUCAGCUUGGUCUCCAUCGCCUGCUGUCCUGCUGGGGAGCAUGGGGGCUGCUGUUUGCUGAUGCUGCUGGUCACAGGCGCAGGAGCCUCAGAGGCUGCAUCUAGAAAAAGAGUGUGGGAGCGCAUGUGUGUGUGUGUGUCUGUAGGUAAAUCCUGUGGUGGUUGGUAGCAAGUACUGAGAGAAUGACAAUAUUGUCAAAGAUGUAUUCUUGAUUAAAAUUUUGAUGAUAAAUGGCUUACACUGAAUGUUAGGCAAAUAAUUAUUGAAUAAGAAAAACCCAUGUAAGAAUGGUCAAAUACACCAAAGCAUCUCUGUGUAUAGGCAAUUGCAUUUGAUAAAAUAUGUGUUCAAUGAGUAAUCCAUUUUAAAUUUUGGAAACUCCCUCUGCAGCGCCGGUUCGAUCCCCGGCUGCUCCCCGGCCACCAGAGGAGGGUCCUGUAUGGCGCACAGACCUCCCCUGCCGCCCG